GGGCUGAUUGCAGCGCUCGCGGUGGGAGCUGCAGCAGCAGCCAUGAACAGCCAUGUCAUUGCGAUAGCACUGCGAUAGGGGUGCUAUGCUUUCCGGGCCGAGGCACCGCGCUGCCGCUGCACCUGAGAACAGUCUGAGCUUAUUAGCGUUCGCUUAUCUUACAAUCUGCUUUAUUAUUUCAAACAUGGCUGAGAAGCAGAGGUGAGCCGGUGCUGUUGCUCUCGCAGUCUGGAGCGGCGCACUCGCUCUCGCCGGCCCAAAAACAGAAAAACAAGCCCACAGAGCUGAUCCUGCUUCUCGUUUGCGUUUCUUUCUGCCAUCAAUAAACAGCGGACAGCAGAGCCAUGUCGACCGGACAGGACGAGAGCUCGGUCCGCGUGGCUUUGAGGAUCCGCCCGCAGCUGCCGCGUGAGAAGAUCGAGGGAUGUCACAUCUGCACCUUCAUGACGCCGGACGAGCCCCAGGUGAUUCUGGGAAAGGACAAGGCCUUCACCUACGACUAUGUGUUCGACAUGGACACCCAGCAGGACACCAUCUACAGCAACUGCACGGAGAAACUGAUCGAGGGCUGCUUCGAGGGCUACAACGCCACCGUCUUCGCCUACGGACAGACGGGCUCGGGGAAGACUUACACCAUGGGGACGGGGUUUGAUGUGAGCAUCGCGGAGGAGGAGCUGGGCAUCAUCCCGCGAGCCGUGAGCCAUCUGUUCCGCGGCAUCGAGGAGCGGCAGCGGGCGGCCAGCGAGCAGGGCAGGCCACCGCCCGAGUUCAAAAUCAACGCCCAGUUCCUGGAGCUGUAUAACGAGGAGGUGCUGGACCUGUUUGACUCCACGCGUGACGUCGAGCUCCGCAAGCAGAAAUCCCACAUCAGGAUCCACGAGGACGCCAGCGGCGGCAUCUACACCGUCGGGGUGACAACACGCACCGUCACCUCCGAGGCUGAGAUGAUGCAGUGCCUGAAGCUGGGUGCUCUCUCUCGCACCACCGCCAGCACGCAGAUGAACGUCCAGAGCUCUCGUUCUCACGCCAUCUUCACCAUCCACCUGUGCCAAGUGCGCAUGUGCAGCCUGGAGAACCAGGACGGCCAGUUGGACAACAGGGUGGCUGACGGCUCGUCCGAAAUGAAUGAGUUCGAGACGCUGACCGCCAAGUUCCACUUUGUGGACCUGGCCGGGUCUGAGAGGCUGAAGAGGACCGGAGCGACCGGGGACCGCGCCAAAGAGGGCAUCUCCAUCAACUGCGGGCUGCUGGCUCUGGGGAACGUCAUCAGCGCUCUGGGAGACAGGAGCAAGCGGGCGACACACGUGCCAUACCGCGACUCCAAACUCACACGCCUCCUGCAGGACUCUCUGGGCGGAAACAGUCAAACAGUGAUGAUCGCCUGCAUCAGCCCGUCCGACCGGGACUUCAUGGAGACCCUGAACACACUCAAGUACGCCAACCGGGCCCGAAACAUCAAGAACCGGGUGAUGGUGAACCAGGACAAGGCCAGCCAGCAGAUCAGCGCCCUGCGGACCGAGAUCGCCCGGCUGCAGAUGGAGCUGAUGGAGUAUAAAACGGGCAAGCGCAUGGUGGGGGAGGAUGGCGUGGAGAGCAUCAGCGACAUGUUCCACGAGAACAGCAUGCUGCAGACGGAGAACAACAACCUGCGCGUGCGCGUGAAGGCCAUGCAGGAGACCAUCGACGCCCAGCGCGCUCGCCUCACGCAGCUGCUGAGCGAGCAGGCCAGCCAGGCCAUCGCCCGGGCAGGUGAGGGGAACGAGGAGAUUGGGAACAUGAUUCAGAACUACAUCAAGGAAAUCGAAGAACUAAGGGCGAAGCUGCUGGAGAGUGAGGCGGUGAAUGAAACCCUGAGGAGGAACCUGUCUCGCACCUCCUGCCGCUCCCCCUUCUAUGGGGGAGGCUCCUUCUCCUCCUCCCUCCUCGCUCCCGAGAAGGAGACCUCCGACAUCAUUGAACUUGCCAAGAAAGACCUGGAGAAGCUCAAGAGGAAGGAACGCAAGAAGAAGAAGAGGCUGCAGAUGCUGGAGGAGAGUCGGCAGGAGGAGGUGGAGGACGACAGUGCCAUCAAGGAGGAUGUUGCCCACAAUGAGCUGGAGAAGGGGGCAGAGAAAGAGUCUGACAGAGCCAACGAGGAAGCAGAGAUGGAUGUACAAGAGGGAAGUGACCAUGAGGAUGGAGAGGAAGAAGAUGACGAGGAAGAGGAGGAGGAGAUGGAGGGGGAGGCAGAGGAAAGCUCGGACGACUCUGACUCUGAGCUGGAUGAGAAAGAGAACUUCCAGGCGGACCUGGCCAACAUCACCUGCGAGAUCGCCAUCAAGCAGAAGCUGAUCGACGAGCUGGAGAACAGUCAGCGCCGGCUGCACACGCUCAAGCAGCAGUACGAGCAGAAGCUGAUGAUGCUGCAGAGCAAGAUCCGCGACACGCAGCUGGAGAGAGACCGCGUGCUGCAGAGCAUGGGGUCUGUGGAGACGUUCACCGAGGAGAAGGCCAAGAAGAUCAAGGCAGAGUACGAGAAGAAGCUGAGCGUGAUGCACCGGGAGCUGCAGAAGCUGCAGGCUGCGCAGAAGGAGCAUGCCCGGCUGCUGAAGAACCAGUCGCAGUACGAGAAGCAGCUGAAGAAGCUGCAGCAGGAGGUGGCUGAGAUGAAGAAAACCAAGGUGCGUCUGAUGAAGCAGAUGAAGGAGCAGCAGGAGAAGAACCGCAUGACAGAGUCCCGGCGGAACCGCGAGAUCGCCUCGCUGAAGAAGGACCAGCGCAGGCAGGAGCACCAGCUGAAGCUGCUGGAGGCCCAGAAGAGGCAGCAGGAGCUGAUCCUGCGCCGCAAGACUGAGGAGGUGACGGCACUGCGGCGCCAGGUGAGGCCUGUUUCAGGGAAGGUGAGCCGCAAAGUGAGCUUACCUGAGCCGCUGCAGGACUCCGCCUACCGGCCCUCGUCGCGGGCGCUCAGCGCAGGGGGCGGACCGUCCAACGGAAGCAGGAGGUACCUGAGGAGGGUGGUGGGUGUGUUCUCCACCAAGGCAGCUCGGAUGAAGUGGCAGUCGCUGGAGCGUCGCAUCAGUGACAUCAUCAUGCAAAGGAUGACCAUCUCCAACAUGGAGGCCGACAUGAACCGGCUGCUGAAGCAACGCGAGGAGUUGACCAAACGCAGGGAGAGGGUCACCAGGAAGAGGGACAAGCUGGCCACCGAGGGGACGGACGCGGACAAGGCUGUCCUGUCCCUCAACGAGGAGCUGGAGUCCCUGACGGCCAACAUCGACUACAUCAACGACAGCAUUGCAGACUGCCAGGCUAACAUCAUGCAGAUGGAGGAGGCCAAGGAGGAAGGCGACACGGUGGAUUUAGCUGCCGUCAUCAGCUCCUGCACCCUGUCAGAGGCCCGCUUCCUGUUGGAUCACUUCCUCACCCUGUCCAUCAACAAGGGUCUGCAGGCAGCUCAGAAGGAGUCUCAGAUCAAGGUGAUGGAGGGCCGUCUGAAACAGACUGAGAUCAACAGCGCCACUCAGAACCAGCUGCUGUUCCACAUGCUGAAGGAGAAGGCCGAAUUCAACCCGGAGCUGGACGCCCUGCUGGGGAACGCCCUGCAAGAACUAGGUAACAUGCCUGUAGACAACGGAGACGAGAGCAGCAGUGAUGAAUCCGCUCAGAGUCCUGCUGCGGAAGGAAGCUCUUUGGCCUCUGACCUCAUGAAACUGUGUGGAGAGACCAAGCAGAGGAAUAAGGCUCGGCGACGGACCACCACCCAGAUGGAGCUCCUGUACGCCAACAGCAGCGACCCCUCCCAGGACACGUCCACCGCGGAAUUCUCCUCCCCUCUCCUCCCAUUGGCUGAAAGCCAGGAAGUGGGCGGGGAGCUGGAGGCUUUAGGGGCGUCACUCAGAGACCGGGAGCUUUUACCCUCUCCCUCAGGCCUGUCCCCGAAGCUGGGCAGCAUCUCAGGCUCCAGGCCUUUAGGGACUGAGAAGAAAGCGUCGGAGGGCUCUCCCGUCACCCGGAGGAAGAUGUAUGAGAAAGGACAGUUCGACAAGGUCAAGGGAAAGGAGAUUAAACACUCUGAUUCAGGGAACCCCAAGAGCAGUACGUCGCCCCCCUCCUCCCCCCCCGGCCGCUGCCGUAGCCUGCAGAACGUUUUUAGCCGUCUGUCCGUUUCUCUCCAGAGCACAGACACUCGGCAGGAUAAGUGGGGUGAGAGUGAGUGCUCUGUGCCACAGGGACACAGAGGCGUGAUUAACCCCGUCCCCUCCUCGAAGAGCAGCAGGGGGGCGACGCUGCAGUGUGUCCAUGUGGCUGAGGGACACUCCAAAGCCGUGCUGUGUGUGGACUCCACCGACGACCUGCUGUUCACCGGCUCCAAGGACCGUACCUGUAAGGUGUGGAACCUGGUGACGGGACAGGAGAUCAUGUCCCUGGGGGGUCACCCCAAUAAUGUGGUGUCAGUGAAGUACUGCUCCAGCCUGGUGUUCACCGUGUCCACCUCCUACAUCAAAGUGUGGGACAUCCGCGACUCGGCCAAGUGCAUCCGCACACUGACGUCCUCUGGCCAGGUAACCCAGGGCGAUGCGUGUGCAGCCAGCACAAACCGGACUGUCACCAUACCAGCCGGAGAAAACCAGAUCAAUCAGAUCGCCCUGAACCCCCCGGGCAGCUGUCUGUACGCCGCGGCGGGAAACGCAGUGCGCAUGUGGGACCUGCGGAGGUUUGUUUCCACAGGGAAGCUAACGGGACACCUUGGGCCAGUCAUGUGUCUGACGGUUGACCAGACAGGAAAUGGUCAAGAUCUGGUCAUCACCGGAUCCAAGGAUCACUACAUCAAGAUGUUUGAUGUGACGGAGGGGGCCCUCGGGAGUGUGAGCCCGACACACAACUUCGAGCCGCCCCACUACGAUGGCAUCGAGUCCCUGACCGUGCAGGGAGACACACUCUUCAGCGGCUCCCGAGACAACGGCAUCAAGAAGUGGGACCUGUCCCGAAAAGACCUGCUACAGCAAGUCCCGAACGCGCACCGGGACUGGGUGUGCGCGCUGGGCCUGGUGCCGGGGCUGCCGGCCCUGCUGAGCGGCUGCAGGGGGGGGGUGCUGAAGCUGUGGCACAGCGACUCUCUCUCCCCGCUGGGCGAGGUCAGGGGCCACGACAGCCCCAUCAACGCCAUCUCCACCAACAGCAGCCUGCUGUUCACCGCCUCUGACGACCGGACGGUGAAGAUCUGGCGAGCGAGGGGAGCGUUGGAGGGUGUGGCGGACACGGCGGAGACCACGGACGACGGCAGCAACUGAGCGCACGGGCGGCACCACCCACUG